UUGGUAGAAUACUUUGACCUACCCCAAGAUAGUAAUACCGAAAGGGUAAAGGUUAUUACCUAAAGAAGCCAAAAAUCAAAUUACGAUUCCAAAGAUAAAAUUCGAGGAUCUACCGGUAUAAGGUUAAGCCAGGGUCCACCUUCGUACGAAUCAGUGACCACUUUUCCAAAAGAUGACAGCAAAUUGUGUAGGGCUAUGCUAUUUAGUCCUGGAGGACGUUACUUUGUAUGGAUUAAUGGAAUCGCUAUCAAAAUUGUAUUAUGCGACACAUGGAAAAUUAUCGCCGAGAUCAAUAGACCAAAAGUUUGUGCAAUGCAGUUUUCUUCACAUGGAACAUACCUUAUGACCUGGGAACCAUUUCUUGUAUCACAAGCUAACCCAGAGGAAACUCCAAAUUUAUGCAUAUGGAAAUCCGAGAAUGGGGAUUUAGUAAAAAGUUUUGUCCAAAAGAAACAAAGUAAUUGGGAGCCACAAUGGUCAACUGAUGAGAAGAUUUGUGGAAUGUUGAUCAAUAAUAAUGUUGUCUUAUAUGAAAGUGCAAUUUUUGACAAAGUGAUACAUAGAAUAAAUGUAGCUAAAAUUGCAAAAUUCAGUAUAUCCUCUGGCAAUGCUCCAUACAAUGUCCUUUGCUAUAUGCCUGGGAAAUCUGGCCAACCGAGCUUUGGCAAACUAUUUCAAUAUCCAAAAUUUGAAGCAUCCCAGGUUUUAGCAACAAAAAGUUUCUUUCAGGCUGACCGUGUUGAUGUAUAUUGGAAUCAGCAUGGCACAAGUGCUUUACUAAUGACUAGUACAGAGGUUGACAAAACAGGUGCUUCAUAUUAUGGAAAACAAACUUUGCAUUAUCUUAGUACAAAAGGUGAAACGGCUAUGGUCACACUUAGUAAGGAAGGUCCAAUACAUGCAGUUGCUUGGUCGCCAAAACAUACGGAAUUUUGCGUUGUCUAUGGAUUCAUGCCUGCCAAAGGAACCUUAUUUAAUCUCAAAUGUGAAGCAGUGUUUGAAUUUGGUGCCAGUCCUCGGAACAGUAUAUACUAUAACCCUCAUGGAAAUAUUCUCAUCUUAGCUGGGUUUGGCAGUCUGAGUGGUAAUGUAGAACUAUGGGAUGUAAAUAACAGGAAAUUAAUAGCUAAGACUGAGGCUCCCGAUACCACAUUAUUACAAUGGUCACCCGAUGGUGAACAUUUCAUGACCGCAACCACUGCACCUAGAUUACGAAUGGGUAAUGGUUUUAAAAUUUGGCAUUAUUCUGGGUCGUUGCUUUAUCAACGCCCAUGGAACGAACAGGAAGAAUUGUGGGAAGUUGCAUGGCAAACUUAUCCUCCGAAUACUUUUGCUGAAAAACCUAUUAGUUAUAAGGCAGUGGAAGGCAUUGCACCUAGUCAACCACAGGCUUCAAAAGAAGUAUAUAGGCCACUCUCUGCAAGAGGACAAACAAUAACCUUUAAGUUACACGAUGACGAUGAGCUGGGGUCCAAGCCUAUGACUGAUUCAAAUUUGUCAAAAGCUGCAUUAAAAAUGAAAAAGAAAAGAGAUGCUAAGAAAGCCAAAAAAGAAUUAGAAGCUUCGGCAUCUCAAUCUCAACUGUGUAAUACAACUGCCAAUGGUCAAGUCAAUAGUACUGUUGCAAAAGCUCAAAAUACCAUAACAGUUCGCGAUAUUGAAUUUACUGAUGAUCCUGAAAAAAAUAAGAAAAUUAAAAAAAUUAAGAGUAAAUUAGAUCAAAUAGCCAAAUUAAAGGAGCAAUUAUCAUCGGGAAAACAACUGGAAAUUAAUCAACUGGAUAAGAUCAAGAAAGAAGCUGAACUAAUAAAGGAGCUUGACGAUUUGACAUUGUGAUGCAACAUUUUUCAGUUCAGAGAUAAUAAUUGAAAUUCAUUUCAACUGUUACCUGCUCACAAUAUUCAGAACAAUGACUGCCACGUAUGCAGAUGACACCGUUACACUCGUAACUUACUCUGAUUGAAGCAUUUGAUAUUUUACAAAUCUCAUAAAAUACUAUACGUGUAAUUUCCAAAAUGGUAAAUCAUGACAAAAGAUAUUAAUUCUCCAGUCUUACUAAAUGACAACCAAAUACCUCAAUGACGAAGCAAAGUACCUAAGAAUAUACUUGGACCUGGAGGGAGCAUAUUUUCACAAAAGAUAAACAAUUUGGAAUUUAGCUAAAUAAAACAUAGCUUACCAGUCAAUGAUCUUAAUCUCAAGAUUGGAUACAAAGACUAAAAUAAUAGAUUGCAUAUUUAACUCAUUUGGUUCUACACAAUUCAAUUAUGGAGAAUUGUUUUAAAUCCCAACAGAGAGAUUUUCCAGCGAUUUCAGUUUAAGUGCUCGGAUUAAUAGCUCCAUGGUUUGAAACAAAUGAAACGUCACUCAAAAACCUUUAAAUUCCAUUUGUAAAGGAUAAAAUAGGGAAAUAUGCUUAUUCAUUUUUUAAAUUUAAUAAAUUAGGCGGCCAUCCCAACUUACUUACGAUUACAUUGAUGGCGAAUUGAACUUUUAUCAGAUGAGAGUAGAUUCCCGCAAGACAUCGCAAUGUGAUCAAAUGUUGCGGAAUUUGAAAUGAUGAAUGCGACAGCAGGUCGCAACUUACCUAAAUCAUAUCUCAAUCUCAUAAGAGUGCAGAGUAUCCUGAAUGAGGAUAAGGGGUGAAAAGAAAGGAGAUACAUUUCAACUGUUCGAUUGAAGAAAAUAGCGAUCUCGAUUUUGUACUCACGUUAAAGCGUAUACAGUAGAAUCGUUUUGAUAAAAUGAAACUUGUCUAUAAGCAAUGUCAAAUGACACAAUGACCUUGUAGCGGUUUAGUACUACAAUUUAAACGAAUGAAUUUUUAACAUUAAGUUCUUACUUUGGUAUAUGCAGCACAACAAAGUGUUCCAAGAUUCGUUGUUUGUCAAAGCAGUGAAACUGAAAUGUAUUUAUGAUAUAUAACAACGGUACAUCCAUCUUAAUACCGUUGUUUGUCAAAGCAGUGAAACUGAAAUGUAUUUAUGAUAUAUAACAACAGUACAUCCAUCUUAAUACUAACUUACAGAAAUUUCAUCUAAUGGUAUAUUUGUGGUUUCAUAUUCCAGUUAUAAAAUCUUUCUUUUAUUCAUUUUUGCAUGAAAUUCAUGUGUAUUGCAUCAUUCAAAAUGAAAAACAGGUUCUUUUUAAAAAUAUCAUAACCUUGUUAAAGAAAAAAAAAAAAAUUUCAUUGUUAUCUCUAAUGGGGUGCUUUUUAUUAUUUCUAUGCCAUUGGUGCGUUAAUACCCAUUAUAGUAUCUCCUGCUAAGUUCAAUAUUUGCGUAACAAUUAUGAACAUAUAAUAAGUAGAGCACAAUUGUAAAAAAUGCAAACAUUUAAAUUUGUUUCUCAAUAUAGGUAUUGUGAUUCCUUUACAUUUUUUUUCAAAUGCUAUGGUUUAUAUGUAUUUAAUAACACUUUAAGGUAUUUUUUCUACGUCAGGACUGUCGCUUAUCUUUGUUUCGCGUACACUUAAUCUGCUGAUGUUUUAACUUAGUUAAUAGCAGGCAUUUCAUGUUAAAGAAGUUUGAAUACUGUCUGAGUGGUUGGGUACUACCUCGAGUCAUUUUAAGGAUGUUUAUUGAUUGUUUACAUACAUCUCAUCAAGACAGUUUUGCCUGUUUUAUGCGAAAAACACUUUCGUUUAAGAAUGUUGCUUCAUAUUGUCAUUUGAACGAAUUUGAAGGACGUGGACAAUUCCAUUAAUUUACGUGUACUUUCAAAUGUAGAAAUUGUGAAAAUUUAAAAGUAGUUGGGAAUAGCGUAACAAAGUAUUGAACACUCUUUACUUAUUAUGCCAUCGUUAACUUUUUGUGCUUCAUUCGGUCGUAGGUACAACGUAUUUAAGAAUCAUUUAUUCUGGGCAGGGUCUCAGAAAUAUAUAUAUAUAUAUAAAUAGGUACAUAAAUAGAUAUCAUCUGAGAUCAUGUAACGUCACAUCUCCAAAGCAUCCCCAAUACAGUGCAAUGCUUAGAAACUUCAAUCCAUUAUUGCAAUUACGAGAUUGAUUUGUCCACCGUAAGAAAUUAUUUUCCAAUCUACGAAAAACCUGCAAUGUUAUGUACAGUUCAAUGAAAUUUAUAAAAAUAAACUA